AUGUCGCUGACAUGUCGAAGCUUCAGUGGUCCUGCAACGGCUACUUUGUGGCGGAAGCUGUAUAAUGUCAAACCGCUGCUACGUGUUCUGCCGCCUGACAUCUUUGUCGACCAGCAGGAGUUCGCACUUGCCCGAAUUGUGCAGCCAGCCGAUCUGGAGAGGUUCAAGCACUAUGCCCGAUUCGUGCAGGAUUUGGGUACCUCGUGGCUGCCGGACGAGACCUGUCUUGCAGCGCUGCAAUUGUGUUUUCCCGCUCCUCUAUUGCCGAAACUUCGCCACCUCUCCUGGGUUCCUGGUCCCUCCUCGCUCUCAUUCAUCACCAUGUUCCUUCAUCCUGGAAUCACAACGCUUCGUCUCUAUAUGGCCGGUGCUCCUGAGGCUGGCCGUCUUCUCGCCUCGUCGCUCGUGCCACGACUUCCAACUCUCUGCCCCAGCAUCCAGGUCUUUGAAUUCCACGGUCAUGACGACUUUGCACCCGUCUUUACUCUCUUCUAUUCCCCUUCGGACGCUACGAGCAGAUGGAAUGAGCUUCGAGUUCUCGAUCUGCCUUAUCUGCACGGAAGCGAUAUUCAAUGCAUCGCCUCCUGUUCACGGCUCGCGAGCCUUCGUAUCAGAGGUCUUCCCGAAGACUUUCCCAAGUGCGGGAUGCUCAUUGCGCAGCCAGCCUUCGUGUCUUUGCGCACACUCGAGCUUGAGCCGCAAGCGAUGCACCUGGCUACCAGUUUCUUCGAAUCUCUCCAGCUGGCACUGCGACUCGAGUCCCUGAAAGUCAAAUGCAAGGAGAUCAAGAAGGCGUGUCAUUGGAAGGCCCUCUUACUGUCGAUAGCACGCACUUGCGAUCCGGACACGCUGCAAAGGCUGACUAUCAAGGGGUACGGAAAAUACACCGAGGACCCCGAGCCAGACGUCCCAGACUGGUACCUGACGGCCCUCUCAUUCGACGUCGCGUCGCACCUGCUCACAUUCCGCAACCUUACCCAUCUCGUAUUACGAUCAUGGGGAGGGUUUGUGUUCGAAGACGAGCACUUCGACUCACUCGCUCAGGCGUUCCCCGACCUCCAGCACUUGGAACUGCUGGAAGAAGACGAGAGCCAUCGACACGAGGCAUCGAUCUACGCUCUAAUCCCUCUCGCUCGACACUGCCCUCGUCUGCACUUCCUCGCCAUGGAUUUCCACGCGGAUGACUACACGUACGAGGAACACGAGACGCGCGGCGUCUGCCAGCGGGCCCUCACCUGGCUUGACGUGCGCUACUCAGCGAUAACCAGCGCGCGCGUCACCGCUGCGCUCCUCUCCGCCAUCUUCCCCAGGCUCGCAUGCGUCUCGAGUGAGGGAUACAUGCCAGACCGGGAGGAUAUGAGGGGGCCGGAUCCAGACCUGGUACACACACGGCGGGAGCGGAAGAGGAAAUGGGCGCAGGUGGACCGUAUGCUUCCCAUGCUCCGCUUUGUCCGCGCGCAGGUCGAGCGCGACGUCCGUCUUCGUAGCGUCGAAGGGUCGACCGAGGGCGUGAUAACGGACCAGGAAACCAGCAACCCGCCUUUGCAUGAUGAGGAAUACGAUACGGAUUACUCGGAUGUCUGA